CAAUAACAAGCCAGGUAUCUCGGAGCGAGAGCCGGGAUUCCGCACAUAAUUAUGUUGACCAGAUUUUUGAUGGUGUUCGUAUGCCUGGUGCUAAGCGUGUUGGCGACGAUCGAGGAGUACGAGGAAUUUGCCGGGGAACUUCUUCUCUACAUGGAAGUCGUAGUCGUCAUCUGGUUCACCCUGGAAUUCCUGGCCAGAAUGUGGUCCGCAGGAUGCCGGUCGAGGUAUCAGGGAAAAUUUGGGAGGAUCAAGUUUCUACGGAGGCCUUUUUGUGUGAUAGAUGUGAUCACCAUCACGGCGUCACUGGUGGUGCUGGGGAUGGGAAGCAGCGGGCAAGUUUUCGCUGCUUCGGCGCUCCGCGGUUUGCGGUUCUUCCAAAUUCUCCGCAUGGUCCGCAUGGACCGAAGGGGAGGCACGUGGAAGCUCCUCGGAUCCGUCGUCUAUGCCCAUCGACAGGAACUCAUCACGACGCUUUACAUAGGCUUUCUGGGCCUUAUCUUCGCUUCUUUCCUCGUCUACUUGGCCGAGAAGGACGCCAACAACAAAGCCUUCAAGAACUAUGCGGACGCCUUGUGGUGGGGUGUGAUUACCCUGUGCACUGUGGGCUAUGGAGAUACCGUCCCGGUGACAUGGCAAGGGAAAAUCAUCGCCUCCUUUUGUGCCCUUCUCGGCAUCUCCUUCUUCGCCCUCCCCGCGGGCAUCCUGGGUUCGGGUUUCGCGCUGAAGGUCCAGCAGCAGCAGCGACAAAAGCACAUGAUCCGCCGGCGGCAACCAGCCGCGACCUUGAUUCAAAAUCUCUGGAGAUGCUACGCUGCCGAUCAUUCCUCGAUAUCCAUUGCCACCUGGAAGAUCCAUCAAGUCCCCUUGCCUUCCCCACCGACCUUCAAGCACAACGCGAGCUUCGUGACGCGACUGCCGACGAUCCGGCGACACAAGCACGUGUCCAAUCCCCAUUCCCCCUCGUAUAACACCCGCGGCCGGAGUUCCCAGGGUGAUCCGACGGGAAAUUCUCAGGAGAACAUCCGCCUGAAUCCCUCUGCCAGCGAGGAUUCCGUCAACAGGGGCAGCUCCGAGUCCAGUUUCCUCAGGAAAACCAAUUCCGACGAUGAAGAAGAGGAGCCUCGCCUCCUACAAUUGACGGAUCAGCAUAAGAAUGCCAUCAGAGCCAUCAGAAAGAUAAAAUACUACGUGGCAAGGCGGAUAUUUCGAGAGGCGCUCAAACCUUUCGAUAUAAAAGACGUGAUCGAACAGUACAGUUUAGGGCACACUGAUCUCUGCAAUAGAGUGAAGCACCUUCACGGCAGGCUGGAUGUGAUACUUGGGAGACCAGGGUCCAAAAGCAAAGAUGUCUACGAAUCCAAGCAAAGCCUUGCUUCCAGAGUGGUCAAGAUCGAGAGGCAGGUGGACGACCUGGAGUCCAAGAUGGACCAAUUCUUCGAGAUGUACCUGGAAGAUCGAAAGCGGCUCUGUGUCUUGCCAUUCCCUGAACCUCAACCUCCCCCACCCUCUCCCAUCACUCAAGGUUCACCCUCGAAUUCCCCGAACCCUAGUUCAAACCCGUCCAUAUUCCCGAUGAAGUCCUUCCUCGUCGAGAAAGAUUCGACAGCGUAUUCAGCCCCGUCGACUCCGUCCCAGCCCUUGUCCAUCGUGACACCGAUGAAUAUUACGCCCCGUCUUCGCGGCAUGGUCCGGGGUUAUUCCGACCUCGGACAACGCCUCAAGAAGAAGGUCACCCUCAGCGUGAGGGGACUUCCUCGAGUGGAAAGUGAUACGUCCAUGGCAGGGAAAAUGCCUUUCAUCAAACUCCCCAGUAAAUCCGACGAGCCGGACUUCAUCGACAGCGACGACGUGGAAACCGGACAGCUCCGAUUGACGAUGACACCCCCCCCGUACACGGGUCACGAUGCCAUCUCGGAGGAGAACGAAAUUCUGUUGAGAAGGGGAUACGACGAGGGAGAUGCGAACGGUUCCCUCCUGAAUGAAGAAUCCCCAGACGAAUCCGCUCGCCUCCCCCUCCCUCCUCUCUUCACCGCCGGAUUCCUCAAAGUCCCGGACACGGCCCUAUAGCUAGUGGGCAACACUGGGAGGCAGACUGUCUCAAUCGGAAGACAAGAACAAAGGCGAGGACAGCGUAAACGUCCUGCUUCCCACGUACCUGACACUCCUUUGAUCUUGGUGUCUCCUCCAGUGGACUUCGAGACAGCUGUGUGAUAUCAACUUCCAUUUCGGGGAAGAUAGAACUCUUUCAUAAAUGAUUCUCUCUAUGUUUAUCCUUCCUUUCCCUUUCCACUCCUGCCCUAAGGACCAGGGGAUGUUAUUUAUAAGGUAAUGUUACCUGAAUUUUCAGUAGGACAAAAAUUUCCUCUUUCUUGUCAGGAAUCGGAGACGAAUAGCAAUAGGGAAACUAGGGCGGUGAUGAUGGAAGGACAUGGAUCACGAUCAUCUCCCCCCCCCCCCUCUCCCCCCCAUCAAGUUCUUCCUCGUUUUCGCUCUGUAAACCUUUCACCUUUCACUAUCGUUUCCCUUGUGAUGAAAACUUACUAGAUCCAUUCUUCCAACAUCCGAGCUUCGAAGCUCGCUAUUUUAAUGGGUUCGGUGAGUUGCAAGAUAGAGUCAAAAAGGUAAAGGGAUGAUUUUCUUGCAUCGCUCUAAUCUUUCACCCAGCUACCUAGCUGUUUUCGACAGGGGACCAAUUGACUCUCAUCGAUAGCAAUAUUCUCUCUCUCUUUUAGAUGAUGUCCUAUUGCUUAAUUUUUUUUUUCCACCUCUCGAGCAGGAGUCGCGAGGUGCUUCCAUCGAAGACCUAUAUAAGUCCAAUGCAGUGAUAUCCUUUACACUUUAUCAUUUCGGACAGGUCCGAUCUAGUUAUAUCUAGGAGACUCGCAUGCCUUGUUGAUGCUGAUGAUGAGAAUUUCUCUUCUUGCAUCUCUGUGUUAUCGAGUGUGAUUGAACCUGGAUGGCUGGAGUUAGCUUGAAUAAAAAGACUCUUGAG